AUGGGCCAAAUACGAACCGUCGCUUUCUGCAGCCUGGUAACUGAUCUUCUACAACAAUUGCUCGACACCGGUACAGACACCCGACUCAUCGUCUGCGGCACCAGAACCGAAUUUCUGGUGCAACUAGCAGCCGCUAUUCACUCACAACGCGCCGAUUCGAGUGCGAUACCUCGUCAUGACCUCCUCACCCAAACAAUUGGGUUACUUGCCAACUCUAGCCGGAUCCAACUGACGUUCUGCUCAUCUCUGGAGAGUCUUCGGGCCUAUCUUGCAGCUCUGGGAUCAACUGGUAAAGAGCAACCAGGCAAACAGCGACUACUGGCAAUUCUGGAUAUGGUUGCUUUACACGGAACCACUACGGAGUUCUCGGCCCAGGGACUUUCGAGAACAUUUGCUGCAGCAGUUGAGACGGCCUCCCGUGUAGGAUUAGACCUGAUGCUCUGCGAAUGUACCAACUCCGUGACCCCUACGAGUGACGAUUGGGGUGGAAGACUCUGGGAUACGCGAGUCCCCUUACUAAAUGGCUCCGUCCGGAUACGCGGCGAAGAAGGCAGUUGGGGCGGACGUGGCGUGACCAUUAAACAAAUAGCCCAACGCUGGUUCGACUUUGACGAAGAAAUACGCUCAUAA